CAUGUUUGAGUGGGCCAGCAGUUCUCAAACCUCCACUCGAGGACACCAGUCGUUUCACAGUUUUGCUGUUGCCUUGAUUAGGCCACCCGAUUAAUUAAUAAAGGUAUUUAUGAUUAGAUGACAAGUAAAAACGGGAAGGUUAGCUGUAGAAUAAUUCUAACACAUGGACCGGAUUGGGGUUACCCGAGGAGAGGUGUGAGAACCACGGGAGGAGCAUAUGCCUGAAACGAAAGUAACUAUUAGUGUCUGUAUCGAUAUGAUCUGCCUAUCCACUUGUGGGCACAGCUGCCUAUAUAAAGGGUACUUCAUUCAACUACAUCACUGCAUGAUUUGAGGAAUUUUGACAGCUUCAACAUCGUUAUGCAGUCAUCAAUGGGAAUUGGAGCUUUCUCCUGUGAUCACAACAUAGUAUUCUUUGACCUGGAGACUACGGGAUUAGACACAUCAGUGUGUGACAUCAUCCAGCUGUCGGCCAUCAGCGGGGAAAGUACGUUCAAUGCCUACGUUCUCCCUCGCUGCAGCAUGACUGAAGAGGCCACCAGGAUCACAGGGUUGAGCGUCAGCAAUCGCCAGACCUUACUCCUACAUGGCCAACCAGUGAAUACCAUUCCUCUCAAAGAGGCCCUCACCUCGUUCAUCUCCUUCCUUCGUUCUUUUCGAAAGCCCAUUCUGGCAGCCCACAAUGCCCGCCGUUUCGACUCCCCUGUGCUUGCCAGGGCUCUGGGGGAAUGCUCUCUGAGGUGCCAGUUCCAGCAAGUAGUGUCAAGCUUCCUAGAUACUUUCUUGAUUAGUAAGGAAAUGUUUUCAAACACAGUGACUAGGUUCUCUCAGGAGCACCUGGCUCGUGUGUUCCUCAGGAAGACCUACGAGGCUCACAAUGCAUUGGAGGACGUGAAGGUCCUUCAAGAGCUUUAUCAAAGUUGGAGUCCUAGUCAGGCCGUGAUACGCCAUAACACCUUCCUCUUUCAAUGUGUUUCUAACCCACUGACUAGAAGGUUUUUCUGAUUUAUAUUUGUUUUCUUUUUUAUUACACACACGUUGUGUUUCAUACUCUUUCUGUAGAAUAUAGAGUUUGCAUUUACUUUUUAUCCUGGCUUAUAAAGUGGAUGUGGCACAUUUAAGCAUCUUAUUAUUUUUUUCUAAGUAUAUUUACAAUUAUGAUUUUGUUUAAGCAAGUUUGAGGACAGUAUUUUCACAGUAUAAAAACAAGAACAGUUUUAGAAAACAAUAACUAUAUUGUUACCAAAAUGUUACAUUUAUUAAAGUGUGAAGCAGAAUGUGGCUUGUCUUCCUGGUUGCUCUGUAAAAAGAAAGAAAUGGUUCGACAUUGGAAAUAAAAUUGCAUUUGAAUUGGAAAACAGAAUAAUCUUUAAAUUAAUCCCCCAACAAAUUAUGGGAUUCAUGCCCUUAACAAUACUGUUAAUAGUGCAAUUAUAAAAAAGUUAAUAGAAACGUUUUGUUUGUACCAUAGAUAUGGAUAAUGGACUCAAGUGGAAACAAAAGGUGAAUGGUCACACUUUGGACGCCCAAAAUGUCAAUGUUUAUGUUAAAACCAUCCUUAUCUAUGACUCUUGCAAUUGAUGUUGUGAUUGAAUAUAUCUGCCAUGUUAAUGUAGUCAACCUGGAGUGACUUUCAAAUGCAUUGGGUUAUCACUCCUGAUGAGUGGUUUAAGUCAACACUGCAAUAAAAUAACCAACAUGAG